UUGCCCGGAGCAGCCACGAUGCUCCUGGACGCCGGCCCCCAGUACCCUGCGAUCGGUGUGACCACCUUUGGAGCGUCCCGCCACCACUCGGCGGGCGACGUGUCCGAGCGAGACGUGGGCCUGGGCAUCAACCCGUUCGCCGACGGCAUGGGCGCCUUCAAGCUGAACCCCAGUUCGCACGAGCUGGCCUCGGCCGGACAGACGGCCUUCACGUCGCAGGCGCCAGGCUACGCGGCCGCUGCGGCCCUGAGCCAUCACCAUCACCCGGGCCACGUCGGCUCCUAUUCCAGCGCAGCUUUCAAUUCUACGCGGGACUUUCUGUUCCGCAACCGGGGCUUCGGCGACGCGGCCGCGGCGGCCAGUGCACAGCACAGCCUCUUCGCUGCUUCAGCUGGCGGCUUCGGGGGCCCACACGGCCAUACGGACGCGGCGGGCCACCUCCUUUUCCCCGGGCUUCACGAGCAGGCGGCGGGCCACGCUUCACCCAACGUGGUCAACGGGCAGAUGAGGCUCGGCUUCUCAGGGGACAUGUACCCGCGGCCAGAGCAGUAUGGCCAGGUGACCAGCCCGCGCUCCGAGCACUACGCCGCGCCGCAGCUGCACGGCUACGGGCCCAUGAACGUGAACAUGGCCGCGCACCACGGCGCCGGCGCUUUCUUCCGCUACAUGCGCCAACCCAUCAAGCAAGAGCUCAUCUGUAAGUGGAUCGAGCCUGAGCAGCUGGCCAACCCCAAAAAGUCGUGCAACAAAACUUUCAGCACCAUGCAUGAGCUGGUCACGCACGUCACUGUGGAGCACGUCGGCGGCCCGGAGCAGAGUAACCACAUCUGCUUCUGGGAGGAGUGUCCGCGCGAGGGCAAGCCCUUCAAAGCCAAAUACAAACUGGUCAACCACAUCCGUGUGCACACGGGCGAGAAGCCUUUCCCCUGUCCCUUUCCUGGCUGCGGCAAGGUCUUCGCGCGCUCGGAGAACCUAAAGAUCCACAAAAGGACGCACACAGGGGAGAAGCCCUUCAAGUGCGAGUUCGAGGGCUGCGACCGGCGCUUUGCUAACAGCAGCGACCGCAAGAAGCACAUGCACGUGCACACGAGUGACAAGCCCUAUCUCUGCAAGAUGUGCGACAAGUCCUACACGCACCCCAGCUCCCUGCGUAAACACAUGAAGGUCCACGAAUCCUCCUCGCAGGGCUCGCAGCCUUCGCCCGCCGCCAGCUCGGGCUACGAGUCCUCCACGCCGCCCACCAUCGUGUCUCCCUCCACAGACAACCCGGCCGCCAGCUCCCUGUCGCCCUCCUCCUCCGCGGUGCACCACACAGCCGGCCACAGCGCGCUCUCUUCCAAUUUUAACGAAUGGUACGUUUAAAAUCAGAAACAAAACACCGAACAAAACACUGUUUCAGAGACUGAGCACACGCGUAGACACAUUAUUGAAAGAACCCUGCGAAUCAGAGCAACACCCCGCAACACACAGAGCCCGCAGUCCUGUUUUGUUUUAAAUCUGCCAAUAGACUCAGGACCGAGGGAGAGAGAGGAAGCAUCAGACCUUCUUAAAACGUUUCCCUUUCCUUUCCUUUCCUUUCCUUUCCUUUCCUUUCCUUUCUUUUUUAUUAUUAUUUUCCCUUUUUUUUGGCAAAGGCUUGGUAGCCGAGGUGCGGGAGUGGGGUCGGGGAGGAAGAGACCGCCUGACCAAAUGCCGCCAACCCCAAGGGCCAAUUUCUUGUUAGAUUGGGAUAGGCUUUCUGGGGAUUCGGCUUUUUUUUUUUUGCUUUGCUUUGCUUUCUUGUAAAUACAGAAUUAUUAGCUUCAAACUGUUCUGUUGGAUUCUGUAAAUAGUUCUGUCUCGGUUGGAGCGGGCGGGUGGGAUCGUGGCGUUAUGGUCUUUG